AUUUUAGUUCGCACUGGAAUUGACGAUGGCAAAGGGAGAGGUUUAAGGGAAGGCGCAAUACUCUGGCGCUUGGUUUUAGGUAUGCUGAUGAUGGUGAAUGGUUUGUGUCAGAAGGAAGGAAGGAAGGAAGGAAAGCAGGAGCGGGGCAGGAUUCAGUUCGAUUAGCUCGUCAAGCGCACUGAUGUUAAAUUGAGGGUUUGCAAAUCGGCCUCGGCCAAGAAGGUGGGCACAUCAGCGUCUCAGCAAGUUGGUGCUGAGAGAACGAAGUGGAGAGCAGAGCAGUGGAGCCGUUCAGGGCGAAGACGCGACCCAGGCAGAGAGAUUACCGAGGAAGGGCGAUGGAGGCUUCAUCGUCCGCGACGGUGGCACGGCAGACAUGGGAACUGGAGAAUAAUAUUCAGAUGGAGAGCCCCGCCGGGGCCGUGGCGGAUGCCGAUGCUAUGUAUCAGUACGAUGAAGUUGCCCAGGCCGGUAUACAGCAGCAGAAGCCUUGGGUCGACGUUCCCCAUUAUUUCAAAAACGUGAAAAUUUCUGCGUUAGCGCUCUUGAAGAUGGUUGUCCAUGCGAGAUCGGGAGGUACGAUCGAAGUCAUGGGAUUAAUGCAAGGAAAGACGGACGGGGAUACGAUCAUAAUUAUGGAUGCAUUUGCUCUGCCAGUCGAGGGAACUGAAACUCGUGUGAAUGCCCAAGCGGACGCUUACGAGUAUAUGGUGCAAUAUGCGCAAACCAACAAACAGGUUGGAAGACUUGAAAACGUGGUGGGAUGGUACCAUUCACAUCCGGGCUAUGGUUGCUGGUUAUCUGGGAUCGAUGUGUCGACACAGAUGCUGAAUCAGCAGUAUCAAGAACCUUUUUUGGCUGUAGUCAUCGAUCCCACGAGGACGGUUUCUGCUGGAAAGGUCGAAAUAGGUGCCUUCAGGACAUAUCCAAUGGACUACAAACCUCCAGAUGAACCUCCAUCUGAGUAUCAAACUAUCCCCUUGAACAAAAUUGAAGAUUUUGGAGUUCAUUACAAACAGUACUAUUCUCUGGACAUUACGUACUUCAAGUCAACUUUGGAUUCGCACCUCUUGGAUCUACUCUGGAAUAAAUACUGGGUCAACACCCUUUCUUCUUCACCUCUUCUUGGCAAUCGCGAUUAUGUUGCCGGCCAGGUUUCAGAUCUUGCGGAGAAGUUAGAACAAGCUGAAACACAGUUAGCGCACUCUGGCCGGAUUGGGGGUUUCUUCAUGCCUCCACAACGGAAGAAAGAGGAAGAAUCACAGUUGGCCAAGAUUACUCGUGAUAGCUCGAAAAUCACCGUGGAGCAAGUGCAUGGACUUAUGUCUCAGGUGAUCAAGGACAUAUUAUUCAACUCCGUAACCUCAGGGAACUCAUCUGCUCCCGUUACGUCUGAUUCUUCUGGUCCCGAGCCUAUGGUCGAAGCCUGAGACUCUCGAAGGAGUACCUUGGCUCUAUAUACUUCUCAAUUUUAUUCGUGAGACACCCGAAGAAUGAUCAAAGAUGAGAAGGUGAAUUUGAUCGAAAGCCCAUGGGCUGCAUUUCAGUCGUAUUUGAUGCAAGGUAAGCAUGACCUAUACAAGGAAGUCAUUAGAGCCUGUUAGGAAUGAAGCUGAAUUAGGUGCAAGGUGUCUCCUUGCCUUAGACAGUUCGUCCUUAGGUCUCGCAUAGAAGCGUUGAAGAACGUCCACAUAUAACUCUAGCGAGGGAGGCUCUUGAACAUUUUUUUCCUUGAAGGUGUUGCGCUAUUAUCUGCUCAAGUGCAUACCGGAGCUUGUCCGAGAAGCAAAAUCGUUUGUACAGUGUAAUUAAGAGCUUUCAGCGGAGAAGUCAAAAGCUUCGUUAUUGCAUACUGGUUGUCUCAAUCUCGAUCAUACGAGGGACCAAUUCGUGAUCACACCUACUUGUGUUUCAUCCUUUUCGUUCUCAGUCAACUUGGUGUCUUCUGUUUUCUUUAAUACGUAGAAAAUAUCCGUAGGCGAUAUUGCGGAAAUGGCGAAAUUCUAGAAGACAUACUGAACAUAGCUAUUAGGCUUCGCACAAAAGCUUUGUUGGGCAUGGAGGUUUCAACCUGUCAUGACUUAUAUGUCAUGCAUAGCAGAUAGAAACUUUGUCCGUUAACUGGCCUUUAAGUCAGGUGAUUUACUAACCAUGCAACAUGCUCCUUAUGUGGC